GAAAAGCGUAUAUUUAUGUACGUGUAGUAACCUCAAAUAUCGAACUAUACAGUUGUUCGUCUCAACACUUGAAUAAAAUAAAAUAGUUCAGUAGUCCUGAUCAAAUUAUUUGUUUUCGCGCGACUUUACGUCUUAGCAAAGUUUCGCAAUUUAUGAAAAUGAGACGAAUUAAUAAGAAAUCAGUGAAAACAUAGAAUGAAAUUUAGGUUUAAUUCACUGGAAAAAAGAUACCAAAUUAUUGAUGUAAAAUAAUAAUAAUAAUAAUCAGUAUUAUUGUUUUAGAAAAACUUAUUUUAUUGAAAUAAAGAAAAGUGAAAUUAUGAUGGUCAAAUUAAAAUCGUUCAGAAUUUUUUUUAUGUUAUUUCAAGCAAUUAUUGGUAUAUCUGGUACGACUCACUGGGUUGUCACUGAAAAUGGAAAAAUCCAACCACAGUUGGACUCGGCAUUUCAAAUGAAACGACCGAAUGAUCUUCCUGCACUUCUUGAACAAGAAAAACGAAUGAACAUUGUUCAAUCACUGCACAAAAAAAUAAUGGCAAGAAAAAUGGUUCUUGAUAGUCAAAUAGCUGUUCUCAAUUCCAUCGGAGAUUUGGAGUCUUGGUUGCAAUCGUCGAAUCCAGAAUGUAUAUCUAAUCGGAAAUUAUUGGAGGAUUUUGAUUUUUAUGCUAGUGUCGCUACUGAUGGUAGCUACCGAAAGGGUGUAACACAAAAAGAUUAUUUACUCGACGGAAUACCAGAUGAUGGCAAACGAGCUAUUCCAGAUUGCAAAAAAACUUUUCCUUUAGAUUUUAGCAUGUACACUUUUGAACAUCUCAGUGCAAUGCGCAAUAGGAAAAAUUUAUCGCAGCACCAAGAAAAAGGCUUGAUAAAGUAUUUACCACCAGGAACGGAUUUAAAUAAAUUCGGUCAUCAAAUAGCGCAUGGAUUGAAAAGAAACAGCACUUCAUGGUUGCAUUUAAAUCUUGCUGCUAUUUAUUGGCGAGUAAAAGGAGAUGCUUUUAAUGCUCUUGAAUGUGCUAGGCGGGCUAUCGUUACAGCUCCUAGGCAAUAUCGUGACAUACCAUUAUUAACAACGGGCGGAAUUUUACAUGCUGCUAAAUAUUCAGCAGAAGCAGCCAUUGUUCUCCAUGCGGCAAUAGAUUAUGCGCCAACACAAAGUCAUCAACAUCUUGCUUUAGGGCAUGUUUAUGCAAUUUUAGGUGAUUACAAUCGAUCAUUAGCGUGCUAUGACAAUUCUUUGAGGCUUACGCCUUCAAUGGAACAGGCAAAGCAAGCUAAAUUUGUUAUAUUAUGCUGUCAAAGUUUAACUGAAGCUCUCACUGCUUUACACAAGAGAUUGGAUGAUAUAGUGACGGAGUUACACGCACAACAAAAAGAUUAUACAGAAUGGUUAAAGCUUGAAGAAAAAAUAUUGUGUGAGCGAAUGAAAACGCCUUUUGCGGCAUUUCGUGCUCAUCGUUUGGGGCCUAUUUUAUCAAAUAGAGGACAAUCUUGUAUGCAACGUGACGGCGACGAUGCAAUGCUAUCAUGUCAAGUUGCUAAUGACAAUCAAAUGUUUGCCCAUAAUCUUCUUGUUGAUAUUGGCGUUAGUUUGCAGCAAUUAAAAAAUGUUGAGAAUCAAGUUGAAAAAAUUAACGACAGAAUGUCAACAGCCAAAGUUCUACCUUCUAAAAAUGAGCACUUUAGUCCAAUACCAAAAAAUUCUAAUGACCGGAGUACGGAAUUCUUUACAGUUUUUAUGGAACCGACUAGUAAACCAAAGUACUAUAAUUUUGAAAUAAAGAAAAGUAAUCGAGAGUUUGAAAACAAAAAUUGGCCAGAUCAGAGCGAGUGUGAAAAACCAUCGCUACUUAUUGACACCAAACAAUACAUACCUAUUUAUUUAUCACCAGAGAACAAAGGCUACAUAGUUAAUAUUUUUGUUAAUGAAUUGAUUGGAAUGGAUUCAGGCAAAGAGCAUGCAUUACCCUGGUAUCCACCGAUUUGUCAGACACCAAAUUCUUUUGACUCAAAAUUUAUUUCUCCGUUAUUGUUAAAAGCAACUAUGGGAAUUAGUUCUCCUGAAAGCAGUUUGACAUCAUUUUUAACAAGCUUGGCUAAAAAUUCAGAAUUAGCUGAAAUCGGACAAAGAAUUUUGACUGCUACAAAAUCAGAAGUUGCUGCGCCAUGGGUUUUGUCUAUGCUGGCUUCUUUGCACUGGCGAGUCGCCGGAAAAUUCAGAAAUGCUCUGGAUUGCCUUCAAUCUGCUUUAAAUACUGUUCCAAAUGGAUUCAAAGAUGUACCUUUAGUAAGUAUCGCUUCAAUCAGCCAAAAAUUUGGAUUGAUUGAUGAUGCUUUGAGAACUACCAAAGAAGCUCUUCGGAUAAACUCUAUUGAGCCAUUAACAAAUUAUUUAUAUGGAUCAUUGCUUUUUGCAAAAAAAAAUUACACUGGUGCGGUGUAUCAUGUGAAACAAAGCUUAAGAGUUGAUCCAGAAUUAAUAGAUGGCAAAGCUUUAAUGUUAUUGAGGACAGUUAUUUGUCAUAAACGUUCAAACAGCCGACGUAUAGGAAACGGAGGAAAUGAAAUAGAAAGCUGUGGAAUGACGUAUUCAUCACCUGAGAGAAUAGCUAAACAUGAUUUAAAUGAAGGAGAAACAGUGCUCUGUUUUGGAGACGGUAGAGAUUGUAAACCUAUACAAUGUUUUGCUAUGAAAAUGCACAAUGAUGAAGUAAAAGGUCCAUAAUUAAACUGACAAUGAGAUAGUAUGAAUUGUUGGCUACAAUUAUAACUAAAAAGCGUACAAAUAUUGAUCGAUCGAUCAGUAAUCAAAAUAAAGUGAUUAUAUGACAUCAUAGAGUCUCGUUUCAAGGAAUCUCCGAAGGAUUUAUUAAAAAUAAAACUAAGAAUUGCAUAUCGACUGAAUUUAAACAUUCCGUAUCCACAAAUAUAUUUUCUUACUUUAAAAAUGUGAGAAUCUAGCAAUCUCAGUUACUACUAAAGCACAGGUUUGAAUUUAAUGAUAAAAUGUAUCUGUUUUAUAUUGACUCUUGAUGAUCUGUUUGUGUGGUGUGUUUUAAAUUUUAAAGCAGGAUAUUAUAAAUUAUAUAUUAAAUGAAUGUAUAUAAAGUUAUUUUGUAUAAUAGUGUUUCAUUGAAGUGGUAUUUAAAUAUAAAAAUGAUGUUAAACUA